CCAGGCGGGGCAAAACAGCAAACAGUGAUACAUUCGUUCUUCCUUAUUGAAUAUCAUUUUCUUAGCAAGCCGUAGUGUGAAGUGUACUCAUAUCAGUGUUUUCUCGAUUUCAGUGUCCACGUGAUUUGAUCCGGUCUUAGUUUUGCAAUAAACAUUAAUGUGAUUGACUGGUGGAUUACAAUAAGAGAAAAUAAUGAGACUCUUCAAACGACGAAAUUCCGAUCCGAACCCUCAGUUAGAGAGCUUAUCCACGCUUUCCGAAAUCGAAGGGAAUAUAACUCAAUCUGCACGUGUCCCCAGUACAGAAACCUUCGAUGAGGCUUCAAAAUCAAAUCUUUCCGGAUGGGGAAGAACUUGGGAGAAGCUCAAACGCGGAGACUCUUCAGAACAAUUACGAUCCAAAAAUAAAAAAAGAAGUUGGUCUGCUCUGAGAAAACGAAAUGAAGAAAACAGAAGUACCAGUCCCGGUGUUUCGAAUGACGAAGAAGAAAAUUCUGAUUUGCAGCUUUCUCAAAUGGAUUUAAAGAAAAUAUAUGAUAUGUAUAGAAAUAUGUGCGAUAAGCCUGAGAAAAUAUUAUCUUCAAAAAGAAAAGCAAUAUGUAUGUCAGAUAGUCUGGAACUGAGCCAGCAACAAUUUUUGGAAUACUUGAUACUCAUGAAACCGAAUGUGGAAGAGCUGGACAAAAUUUUCAGUAAUUUGAACAUUGAUUCCGCACAUAGUCAAUCAAAACUAGAUAUUGUAUCUGAAGAAAAAAGACAAAAACCGUCCAGAUUCAAAUCUUUCUUUUCCCGUUCAACAAGUAAAUCUGACGACGAAGGUGAUUUCAAACGCCAUCCAAAAAAUUCCUCAACGGAUAGUUUGACAAGUUUGAUCAACUUUAUUAUGCCUAGUAGAAAAAGUGUUUCCAACUUUUCUCCCAGGCUACCCUCAAAAUUCAAGUCCGACGAAAGCGGAUACGGAAGUGAUUCCACGAAAGCUGCCAGUAUUGACUCUCCAGUUGGUUCUAUAAAAUCUCAGAUAAGUAAUAUUUCAAAUGAACAGGUAACUCCGCAAAAUAUUUCCGCACCCACUAAGGAUUAUUCUGAUGAAGAUACUGAUACCGCAGAAGAAGACAAUGAGCAGGAUACGACCUUCACUCCUUUUGUGCAGUUUCCCUCUAAAAAGCGUUCAAGGUCACGAAGUGCUGACUAUGAGUCACUUUCACGAAGGAAAGCUUUCAAAUUUAAGAAAUCGCCGAUAAAAAAGGAUAUGCUCAAGAUGUCCAUAGAGGAUUUAACCCAGACUUGUGAUAAAUUACAACUUGAUCAGGGAAAAGAUGAAGCAGAAAUUAAAUCCAAGCAGGCAAGCUCCAGUAUUGAAGAAAAAGAGUUCAAAUGUGUCAGGUUGAAGGUGGGAAGAAAUGAAACAGUAGGGAUUGAGAUAGGUCCAAGCACUGGACAAGACUCCUCAAUUAGUUACUCUAUUAUUAACUUACUACCAUAUUCAGUUGCCAAAAGAAAUGGAAUUCUGAGAAUAGGUGACGAAGUUGUGAGACUGAAUGGUGUUAGAAUUAAAGGAUGUCCAGUGUCUUUAGUUGAAAGUUACCUUGAACCAAAGAAUGGUGAGUUGGAAAUAAUUAUAUCUCGACUGCCUGAAAAAACUAUUGCAAGAGAUGGUAAACGGAAGAAAAAUUCAUUUUUGGGUAGUUCUCUAUUCACAAAUAAACAGGUGCCCUCAAACAGAUUCACUAACCUGAAUGUUGAUAGGAGUAGAUUUGUAGGAUUAUCUGAUAUUUUGAAGGAUCGAAAUGGCGAAUUAGAAAGUAAAGUUACGUUCAGUGAGAAACCAAGACCACCCCCAGAGGAAAAUGCAUACCUUUUUAAAAAACCUCUACCAGAUAGAAGAAGCAUUGAAACCACAUCUGGAGCAGUUACAGGAAUGAGAAAAUUCUCGAUGUCUUCGGAAGUGGGCCCAAAAAGACGAAGUGAUGUUGUGGGUAUCGAAAAUAAAUCACAAAAGGUUCAAAAAUAUCCCUACAAAACUGUUUUAUUCCUCAAAGGGCCAGGACAGAAAUCUCUUGGGUUUUCAAUUGUGGGAGGCAAAGAUUCACCAAGGGGGCCUAUGGGCAUCUAUGUCAAGACCAUUUUUCAACAAGGUCAAGCAGCUGAGUCGGGUAUAAUGAAAGAAGGUGACGAAAUCAUUUCAAUAAACGGCACUUGCUUUCGAGGAUUGGCCCAUCAUGAAGCUGUUUCAAUCUUCAAGAAUAUUAAAUGUGGCGAGGUCUACAUGGAAUUAGCUCCCCGUCAUCAUUAUAAACUUUUUUCGAGUUCUUUGUGAUAAGGAUUGAAAUUGAGUUACUUCCAAUCCUUCAUGUGAACACUUUUCAAGUCGAGUGUAUUGGUGAUAAUUUUGUCUUCUUCAAUUUCAGUAUGGAUUCAUCGCGAAAAUUUUUACUGACAUAACCAUUCUUGGCCUGUAUUAAUGUUUAUACAACGUUUACGAUGAGAAUAUCAAAGACUCCAAUAAUUGUAAUAAUCAAAUUUGACCCUUUAAUUAAUUCUAUUUUUUAAAUUAUGAUGUACCUUGCAGAGUGUACAAUUGUAAUAUUUAUGUAUAUAUGCUCAUAUUGAAAUAAUUAUCUCUAGAAAAAUAACUUCGGGAACUUCUGUCCACAAUUUCGCUAUUAUGGUACAUAAGUGAAUAUUCAAAAGAAUUACAUGGAACGACUUUAUUUUUAUUUGAAAGUACUUCUUUCAGCAUUAUGAAAGGCAGCUUGAAAUAGUCUCAGAAACUGAUUGAUUUAGUGCAAAACCCAACACCCACAAAUCAAAAAUAGAAAGAACAAUGAAAAGCAUAAUUUCAGGUGAUUUAUACUUUUGAUAAGGAAUGUUUAAAUUGUAUCCACUUUUGACGGAAAUAGAUUAUUUUGUGAAGUACUUGAUACAAAUCGCAAAUGAUUGACGGAUAUAUUCGUCACAAUAUUUGAAAGACAUUUUCAAAGUAUUAAUAAAUUGCACUUUCAAGAACGUAUCGAAUUAAAUUGAAGUAAUUUCAGUAUACGUUUUGAUUAUAGAAAGGGGUCCUAAUUAAAAAAAAACAGGUUUCUAUAAUGUUUUGAUUUGUUUAUAGUGGUUCUCCGUCUUAUCGAAAAUAUUACUAGAUUUUUUUUUUCAUCACAAAAGAAACUUAUAUCGUGAGACAGUUUUUCACGUCAAAGGUCCCUACUUCAUGAAAAGUCUAUUUUCAUGUAUUUCAUGAAGGAUUUUGCAUAUUUGUGUUACCAAAUCGUAGUUUUGAAACAAUUAGUGCUUGAAAACUAGUUUUUUGAAACAUAAUUAAGUCCAAGUCGAACAUUGAUACAGGACUUAUUCAGAAAGUAAUGGAAAAAAAAAUAACCGAAAUAAGUACAGAAACACAAUAUGUAUCAAUAUAUUUCUAAGAAUACAUAUUAUUUUUUUUCAGAAACAUUUAGCAUUCCCCAAUUUCAGUUACAACAGAAAUUGAUUCACUGUUUUCCUGGUCGACAGAAUUCUGUUUCUGUGCAAGAUUAUCAUUAUGAGGUCUAUAAAUAUGAAUUUAAAUUUUUUACAAAAUUUGAUUACAUGUUUGGAGUUGUUCUUGAAAACUACUUGAAUUGAAAUAAAAUCAAAACCACGGACGCACCAGAAUCUCUUUUUUUCAAACUUAUUAUGCCACUUAAUUUGGAGCUCCCGAAAUUUAUUUCAGAAACGCCACUGCUCAUUAAUACGUCUUUGCACAGGCACUUCAUGUCUCAGUCUGUGUUAUGAUACAGUGUAGGACGUUGGAGAUUGCGACAAAUUUUAAGUAGUAUUAAAGUAACUUUAGUUUUCUACUUAUUAAUAAGGGUGGACUGAAUUCGCAUUCUGUUAUUUUCGUUUGUACCAUUGACAGUAGAUAAGCUUGUACAUAGGAAUAACCUAUAAGUUUUGUGACAUAUUGUAAUAAUAAAACAUUUCUUAACGGUAGCUUGGAUAUACUGUUUUUUCAAAUGAAUUUUCAGUUGUUAUUUAUGCAGUAGGAUUUAUGAGAAAGUUUCAUUUGAAUGACUUUUCAUAGAACAAAUUAUGUAGAACAUCCAAUACCUUCAGUUCAUAUUUGGAUUUUGAGAAAUCUGUAUUGAAACUUAGAUUUAAUUUAAAAAAAUAAAUGAUUUCAGUUUCUUUUCGAAUAAAUUUUGAUGUUUUAGUUGCAUUUGUUUACUGUGUAUGUACACUAUUUAUUUUCUUUUGUUUUGUAUAGGUUUAUUUGCAUAGGAUCAACAUAGGUACUUCAAAUCGUAAAUGUAAUUACUAAUUUGAACUGAAUAUAGCUUUUAUAUUUUUGUAAAAAAAUUAAAUGAAAAAUAAACCUACUAACUAG